CUCCCCGGACCAGCUGAGAUGUAUCUGCUCCCCCUCUUCGUCUUCGCCUUCUCCUCCAUCUCGUUUGAUUUUCCUUCCGCAGGCUAUAAAUAAAUUCGAGCCAGCAUCUGCAGAGCUCGAUCUCCCGCUCUCCUCUCCGUACCCGAGGCGUACGGUACCUCAGAUUUUUCCUCUGUUUGCAUCGAAUUUGCCGGAGAGCUGUUCCGCUUCCGUCUGAAUCUCGAGAAAUAUCUUGGGCGCUCCGGCUUGAUUCCUCCGCCUUUUCCUUGAUCCUCUCUGUGCGUGGGGGUUCUUGGCCCUUGCGGCGAAAAUAUUAAUCAGCUCUUCCCCCACUUUUGUCCCCUGAUCUUUCGUUGAUUUUUAUGGAUUUGAAUUGAUUGCUUCUUCGCCGUCGAAGUUUCCUGGGUUGAUAAUAUCCAAUCGGAUAGGUCCUUUCCCCUCUCCAUUUGGAUUGUUUCCUCUUUGAGAAAGAGAAAAGCAGAGAGAGAGAGAUCCAAGUCGUUGGAUAUCCCUCACUUCAUCGGUUACCCUGGUUCUUGAUCCGAUGGGGGAUGUGUCGUUGAACCCCCAGCCAUUGAUCAACGACGAGACGCUGACCCUUCCCGCGACUGCUGCCAAGGACAACCAAGUUCGAGACUUGAUGUCAUCCGGAUGGACAAACGAGCGGCACAGUUCCUACAUAAGCUACAUGGAAGCAUCCUUCGUGGACCAACUAUAUGGACAACAGAACCAUGGGCUUGAUGUGAAUAAGAGGCAUCUGGGUGACAAUGGUUUCAAGGUGAUCCAAGAGGGUGUUUGCAAGAAUAUCAAGUUUGAGAGGAACCACCCUCACCAUGAUGCCAGAAUAAACUGCCUGCCUGAGAAUCCAUUGGUCAGACGUUUCAGGCCACGCAGUACUGGUGCUAGUCGCCGUGAUGAUUGUUUCGAAGCUAUGGAGGAUGAUUACGGGUCAGGUACAGAUACGGUCCGAGAGAAGGUCCGGACACGUGGGAGAGAAGUGAAGACUUGUGCCAGACAAAAUCUUAUUGGUAAAAGCAAAGAAGUCUCUGAUCAAAAUUUUCCUGACGAGGAGGUUGACGCCAGUAAUGAACCGUCCAAGAAACAGAGGCCUACCUCGUCCAGUGCUGCACCAAAUGACCCGGGAACGUGGUUGGUGCUCACCCCUGUUCUUUCAGGUUGUUUUGUUUUUCAUCUGGAAAUCACAUGCUGCUACAAAAGGUGGUGGAAUUCAAGGUGCUUCGAAACCUGAAGGAUGGCAUGGAAGACUUGUUCUGGGAUCUUAAUGAAACUCUCUGUGACAGGUCUUUCUGGCAGUUUGAAGUUUUUGGCGGUGUAAACUGAAUGAAUUAUAUCCUGCGUUAGCUCUACCGUGAUUUAUUUUGCGGUGCGAAGGACUGCACUCAUAGGAUGUGCCUUCAUUCCGUUGGUGGAUUGCCUGAUAUUUGUUAAAUCAAUUCGUUUUUGUACUCGAGCAAAUUCGUUUGGAGAAUUCGAGCAGCUACUCCCUGCAAAGUUUAUUUUAACAUUGAUGCCUUCCACGGCAUUGAAAACGAUUCAAAUGUUCAUCCUCUCUUA